AUGGCCCGAGACUCCUUAAAGCGCAACCAGAGUCUGUAUUUUCAAUACCACCAAGACCACGAACAUACUACCAAGGAUUGCAGGAAUCUUUGGAACCACCUUGAUCAGUUGGUCCGAAAAGGAAAAUUGCGACACCUCUUACACCCCUCUAGCGGUUAUCUGGGUCAGGCAGCCCAAGAACCCCGGAAAGACGUAUCUUUGAGACCUUCCAUGAGUACGAUACAUGUCAUCCUCACCGCUCCAGGGAGGACCGGCUCUUUUCCCCCGAGGGUAAUGUCUGUGGCUCGACUCUCCAUUGAGGACGGUGAGAGGGAGUCCAAAAGGUCUAAAAAGGGGAACUCACCUGUGCUGGGAUUCUCAGAUGAGGAUAAGAUUAGAACAAUUCAACCUCACGACGAUGCUUUGGUAGUUACGCUCAGGAUUGGAGGGUUCGACGUGAAGAGAUUACUGGUAGACCCGGGCAGUGCUGUGGAGGUGAUGUACCCUGAUCUGUACAAAGGGCUGAACCUAAAGCCCGAGGACCUAAUGGCUUACGAUUCCCCUCUGGUAAGUUUCGAAGGGAAGACUGUCACACCAAAAGGGCAUAUCAGACUGCCCAUACAGACUGGAUUAGAGGUGGUGGAGGUGGAUUUUAUCGUAGCCAGACCUUGGCUCCAUGCUCUGGGAGUCGUUUCUUCUACACUUCACUAG